AUCGAUAUUUCAUAUAAGAAACGUUUUGAGCGAUUCGCUUGCCUUCUUUCAUAGACAUAUAUAUACAUAUACGUAUCAAUAUAAAUCCGCUAUCAACAGGAAUACCAGUGUGAGCUAUAAAUAACUAUCAAUUUCAUUAGUUGAUGGUUUAAAUCAGUUUGUACAUGUGUGUGGUGACAUUGUAUGAUAUGGCUUAUCGGCGUUUUUUAAAUUUCCAGCCUAUUGAUAAACUAUCAUGGCGAAAACGAGACAAACAAUAUGAAUGUUUACCUACCGUCAAACAAAUGAUAACAGACAUUGGCAUUUAUCGUACUAUGUGGACGAAGAUACAAAGGAUUCCAGGGAAGAACAGCUUCGUGAAAGCAAAACGUGAAAUAGUGAAGGAAUUCCUCUUCCAAGUUCAGCAAGGUGAAGAUAUAGGAUUGAAUGACCAAGGUACAUUUGAAAAAGUUUUCAAUGCCGAAACGACAAAAAGGGGACGAAAACGGGAAUGGUCGCCAUCUGAAGAGGACUCAUCACGAAAGAAAAUAUGUAAUGAGCUCCCAAGUAUUGAAGAAAGACGCGACCAAGACAGCUUACCACACUCUAUGGACAUUGAAGAUUCGGAAGGAGAAAACAACGACAAAGGCAAUAAAAUAAAAGAAACCCAAAAUUUACUGCGGGGUUACUGGCAUUUAGAAGAUGAAUUUAAGAAGUUAUCAGACGAAGAACAAGAAAAUUAUGUUGGUGAAAUAGACGUCGAGACGUGCAUACAAGAAUGUCAUCAAGUUCUGAUGCGUGAUUUGCUCAAUGAAACCAAAACUCAGCCUGGAAAAUUCAGUGUUCUACCUAGAUCAGCAAAUUUUGAAGGAAAAGAUUACCUUUAUCCAUCGUAUGCAACUGAGGAAAUUGCCUUUCAAGCAGUUGAUACAAUUGUUUUGGAGUACAACAAGAUGGUGAGAGAAAUUUCAAAAAUAGAAAAUAAACAUGAGAAAUUGGAACGUUCACUUAAGUGCGCUACUGUAUUGCUUUUUGGGUUUUUAACACUCCAUCCGUUUGCAGACGGUAAUGGCAGACUAGCUAGAUUAUUAUGCAGUCAUUGUUUAAAAGUAUUCUGUCCUUUCCCAACUUCAAUUUAUAACGUGUUUUCUCAUUCUACAAGAUACGAUUAUGUACGGGCACUUGUUAACGCUAGACGACAUUUACAAAUGGACUCUGAUCAAAUACAACAUAAUGAAGAUGCCAUCAAAGAAGCUGAGUUAAUUUUAGAACAGAAACCAGAAGAACUAUGUUCUCUGGUAAUCGAAAGUAACUGGUUUACAUGGCGACAAUUCCUACAUAGGAUAGGAGAAGAUAUUCCACUUUUCGAUUUUGAAAAGAAGCCUCAAGAAAUAAAGGAAACAUAAGAUGUU